UUUCUUUUUGUCACACGUUGCUGGACUUCAUUUCAGUUGCAUCAGGUGUCCGUCUGUCUGUCUGCUGCUUAUGGAAGUGGUGAAAGGCGCUAUAUAAAAUACACAGAACUGAAUACAGCGCCCUUUAUUUAGUGCCUGGCAGUUUGACCCCCUCAGCCUGCGGUGCCACUGGCCAGAAAGCAGCGGGUCCCGCUCAUUGAUGGACUGGUAUGGGCCGCUUUGCAGCCGAUGCAUUUCAUCCUAAGUCCCCACAGGGGGUGGCAGCGAGCCCCUCACCCUCAGGCUGCCACUCAAAAGUCCAGAAAUUCAAGCAGAACUCAACACCCGCAAGUGGCAACUGAGGAACUGGCACACUGAGGCGAGUGCAGUCCAUCCCACUGGUCACCGUGGAGAUGGCUGGAGCCCACCUGAUCAGCAAAGGUGGCCAUGAGGGCCAAGGGGACCCCCUGCAGGACUUCAAAUUCUCAGAGUGCAGCGGGGUCCACAGCUCUGGGGAGAUGACCACCCAUUGUGGGAGAGGUGACCAGGAACCCAUGUGGAGGGGGAGAAACUUCCUGAAGGGUGACCACCACUGGCACACUCCACUGGUGUGGGCUCCCUGGCACAGCGGCCAAGCAGGAGCUUCUCCUCAGUGCCAGGCACAUGGGAGCCCACUUGGAGUUCACAAGAUGGCACUUAAUGGACUGGUCUGAGGAAGCCAACAUUGAGCUGUUUGGCCUCAAUUCUAAGUGUCACCAGGAGGAAACCUGGCACCACUUGUCAUGCCAGUCCAACUGUGAAGCGUGAUGGUGACAGCGUCAGGGACAGGGUGACAAGACAGGGCUGAGGGACAGCUGAGUGGAGCAAAUCCAGACUGAAAAUCUGACUGGGCUGAGGGGUCACAAAGCAAAGCCAUUACAAGACAGGCUUGAAAACAACUCUGGGAAUGUCCUCAAGUGACCAACAUCUGUAGAGAGAGCUGCGGACCACCGUCAUGUCCAUCCAGGCAGGUCAAACCAGGAAAAUGCCAAGCUGGAGGUGGGAGAUGAGGGUCCGACACAGUGGGACGUUCCGGUUUUUUAAUAUUUCAUAAAUUUACUAAGAUGUCUCAAGUGCUUCUCGCUUUGUCACUCUGGGCGGGUUUGGGUGGCACCUGAUUAGGGAAAAAAAUGAACUGAAAGGAUUUUAGCACAAGAAAAGCAAAGUGACAAAAGUGACAGGUCUGAAGAGACACCAACGGCGCUACGGCACCGAGAGGACCUUGAGACGGGCUGAAGCCCACCUGGCAUGACACACAGGCCAUAAAGGAUCACAGGUGUGAGCUGAACCCGUCCAAGGGUGGCGCAUGGCAUCUUCUCCUGAACUUGGCCAUUCAGAAAUGAAGGAGUAAUGGGAGUGAGGUGAGGUGCCAGCCUGAGGACUUGUGGAUGGGUUUGGGCAUCGAGUGACGAAAUGUCUGAUUAAGGCUGCCAGGGAUUGAAUCUCCCCGUUGGUCAGUCUUGGGGUGUCCACAGUCUGGCGGCCUGGCAUCGCUGUGACCCUCACCAGGAACAGCCAAGGGGUACAGAAUGACUGAAGGAUGAUGUAUCAGGUGGCACGUCGGCCACCAGCCCAAGACGGGGAAAUGUGCGCCGGCUGGCACUCUUUGUCUCUCGAGAGCCCACACCUCGGUAAACAGGCGACGGCGGUGUGUCCAGCCGAGAGUUAAAUAUUAACUGCGCCAAUCUCUAAUCAUUAGGUCUCUGUUGACUUAGCUGAUUAAUUUAACGAAAGUCGCCGCAGCACUGCCAUCACUCGGGGACGCGGGCACAGCUCCCGUCACCGUCGCCUCAGCUCUGCUCACAAGGUAGGUGCUGCGGGACCACCGGCCCACGGGGGACAUUAGGGAGUGACCGGACAUCAGCGGAAGGUGAAAAUGAAACUGGAGGAGUGGCGUUGGUGUCCGGGGGGCACCACACGCCACUUGAGUAACGAGGGUCCUUAUCAUUUUUGGGGCAAAUCACAAAUGGGACGGGCGACUGACUUCCAUACUGGCAGGUCCGAAGAAGUCCGGGCAGCGCGUGUGCCAAAGGGAGUGGGCAGGAAACUAAACUGGGGGACCACCAAGAGGGAUGCUGACAAAUCAUCUGCCUCCCGUGUAGCCCACCAGUGUCUUUAUAUAGCGCCUUUUGCCUCUCCUGCCUGCCUACUUCAUGGGUAAGCCUUACAGAGCCCACUUCACAGCUCCCACUCAGCCUCCAUGCGGGGGUCUCUCAUCUCCAUUCACUAUAUCUGCUCAGAGGGGCCUCGUUUAAACAGCUCUGGGGUCUGCUCUCCCCCCGUAUCCUCCCAGAUGAAAGGCGCUAGAUGGGCUCGUGAUCCUGUUUAACAAGUCAGGUGGGAUGAGCCGGUGCUCUGUGAGGGGCGCUAUAUAAAAAUGAACAAGACGACAUGCAGCACGCCAGGCAGGUGAGGCCGGACCCCCGGACUAAUCACACAGUCACACUGAAAAUGCAGAAUCACACCCAGGAAAUGAACAAAAGAAAAGCCACAGGGGGUCUCAGCCGUAUCCAGACUUGGCCCAUGAGAGGACAGCACUGUGAAUGCAUGCGGUGCCACCGCUGCCCACCUGUCCAGGUCACUAGGAAGGGCCUAGUGACAUUUCUUUUGUGUUCCAAACUAAGUGACUCGAUCAGCGUCAUAUAGUCCCCAAAGCCUAAACCACCACACCACAUACGCCCACCUUUUAGCUGCGGUGGUCUCAGUCACACACGCCCAUCAUGCCAGGGUGCGAAGAUCGUCAGUGAAUUUAGACCACUUAGGCGACCCCUUGUGACCCCCCCCCCGAGAAGCGCCACCACACCACACUCUUCCUCACGUUUCACUGAGCUUGUCUUUAUAUAGCGCCUUUCCCCUCUCUGUCUUGUCCUCCAUGUCUGUUUCGCCUCACAGACUCCCCAGUCCUCAUAUAGCGCCUUUCACGUUCCUCUCGUACCAAAGUGUAUUUUAUAGCGCCUUUCAGUUGACUCGCUAAUCAUGGUGACGUGACUCUGCACCCCGGACCCUCUGUGUGUGUUUGUAUGAACCUCCUGAUGGUCCCCUUGCACUUUCCUGCACACCCCACACCGUUCUUAUAUAGCGCCUCGGCUGCGUCGGCCCGUCUCUCCUUUUUUUGUCGUUCCUUUCAUUUCCAGCUGUCUUGCCCUCCUCCAUUCGUUUCACCUCAGCGUUCAUCUUGGCAUCAGCCUCCCCGAUGAUAUGGCACCUGGCACCGCUCAACAAGUAUACUCAGGUGGCAUACUGCCCUGUCAUGUGUCUCACACCUAACCCUUACUGUAUAUAGCGCCUGUCACCAUCUGGCACUUCAUCACACACUCAUCUCUUAUAUAGCGCCUUGACACUUAGCGUCACACUCGGCUCUUGGCCAGCCUGUCAUCCUCGUCACUCCCUUCCGGUGGUCCUUCUGUCUCCACCGCCCACUCCUUGACCGCCACCCGCGGCCAUCGCGCACUUUGCCCUUGUGUAUAGCGCCCUGCCAACCCCUGGCCUGCCUUUACUUUCUCCAGGUCUCCUUUGUACCCCACACUGCGCCCCUUUUCUCUCAGAGGGUCCAUACAGUACAGUAGAGCACGGACACUGAAGGUGCUGCUGGCCAUGUGCCACCCUACAAGUCCCAUGAACGCGGGUACAGAGGGGGCAGAGCAGAGUGGAUUCUUGAAGAUGGUUAUGAAAAAAUGGCACGUAACCAAUUGGAAUAAAAAAAAUGAAAACCAAAUGUUACCAAAAGGAGGCACAAUGCCCCGUGGGCAGGCCUUGGCACAGAGGAGGGCAACAGGGGGGCUCAGUGAGUCAGCAGGAUGUGGGCUGGGACACGCAUCACAGUGACCCCUGGAGAGACUCUGCUAGCCUCAGCUGACCCCUGUCACCCUCCAAACCGCCCCGAUACCCAGCAUGACGUGGCAGAGUUACUUCACUGGCCCCGAUGCCCCCCUCAGGGACAUGUCACAGUGACAUUUUUGACCCCAGUGACACAUCGCAGUGACCUCGCCCUGCAGAUGCCCUCCUGGCCUGUGGAGUGAGUGGGCCGAGGAGCAGGUGGGCUGCCUCCACCAUCUCUUUGUCCCACGGGUAGCGCGCUGGCAGCCCCUCCGUUUACUUGUUGACUUUGUGAAGGCGCCAAUAGCAUCGGGUGGUCCGAGAGAGGAAGGCUGCGCCCUCGGGGUUUCCUGAUGGCCUCCUAAUGACGGGGCUGGCUGCUCGGGGACUCGCUGGCUCGUGUCACAUAAACAUCUCUAAGAAAACAAACACGCGGUGACACCCACGGGACAGGAGGCGCUCGCUGACGAAGGACUCGCUGUCAUGCCGUGCAGUGCAAUGCGGCUAAGCUGGUCGGGCGACUCUCCUGACUCGUGCCACCUGCUUUGUCUCUUUACAGACCUCCUGUGGCGCUGAAGAACCUGAUCCUGGCGUGAAAAUGGACUCCACGUCCUUUGUGUGCCAGGUCUCCUGGUUACAGCAGACACAAAACAAGAUGACAAGUGACAGAGGCUGAGGGACUCGCAGCCGACUGCACAACGCGAUGCCUUUUGGACGGCGGCUGGCACGAGUUGGCCAUGGCGUACCUGGCAGACACUGCUAACCUGCAGAUCGCCGCCUUCUGGCUGGGCACGGUGGGCUGGAUUUUGUCAGCGAUCACGACUGGGCUCAUCGAGUGGCGAGUGUGGUACGUACCCGACAACAGCGUCAUUACCUCUGGCGUGGCCUGGGUGGGCAUAUGGCGAGUGUGCUUCUUCAGCCACCAGCUGGUGUCAUCGGAGUACCGCGUCAUGUUCUGCCAAAGCUUCAGCGCUCUGGACAGCUUUGUCCCUGUGGAGGUUUAUGUGGCACAGGCUCUUAUGAUUGCGGCCAUCAUGUCUGGGGCUGCUGGCAAAGCGGCGUCCAUAUGCGCCUUUCGCAGCAUCUUCUUCGGAAUGACGAACGCCAGGCUCAUCCGCAUCGCCUUCUCACUUGGCGGGACCCUCUACAUGUUUGCCAGCGUCUGCGUUGUGGUUGCCGUGGGCUGGAAUCUCAACUCUGUGGCCACCAACCAAAGCAUUGCCUUUCCUGCCAGUUACUACAUGCCCGCCAGCCCGGCGUCACAAGAGCCCGGCGCUGCCAUCGGCGUUGGCCUCACCUCCUCCAUCCUCCUCAUGUUCAGCGGCAUCAUCUUCCUCACCUACAGGCUGCCACACACAAGGCAGGUCAAGGUCUUCCCCACCUACCACAGUACGGAGAGCCUGGACUGCGUCAGCGUCGGCUCCAGUGGCACCUUCUACUCGAGGAGCCUGGCAUCAGCUGGCAGCGCUAGACGCUCGGCCACGUCGGCCUACGAGAGGGACAAUCCUGCAUUUCAGUCUCACGAACAUUUGUGAUGGUCGCCUGGGCAAGGAGAAGACCAACAGAAGUGAAGCUCUGACAAACGUGUCCUCGGAGGGCCUUGAACAGGACAGACUGGCGAGUGAGCGGUGGCCUCGUGUCACCACUUAUGACGGUGCAAAGAUGACAGAAACUCCUCAGGCCUGACCUUACUAUAUGUGCACCUGAAGAGAAGACCACCACCCAAUGACUGUCCUCGUGGGUGCCACUGUGUCUGUUUUACAGUCCACUGGCGCCCCCUACAGGUGGUGGGAUGGCGAGGCGUCUGGGAGGAGCCUGCGCUUUGAGACCUGCACUAGCGCCACGGGUGGGGGGGGCGUGAAUGCUUCCUGUCCCCUAUGGACCUGCUCAGAGGAAAUGUGGGAGAGGGUGUGGAGCCCGCAGGGCUGGGGCAGCUGUGAGCCGAGGAUGGAUUAGGGCAAGUGAGGGCAGAGCAACAAAUUCAGGGGCAAAGUACGAAGGGCAUCUUUAUUGUCACAAAAAGUGUCAUUUAAAAAGGGUCUUCACUAAAUAAUCCAUAGAAAUGGCUCUGGAAAAAAAGUGCAACAGAUGUCUAAAACACAGAAAUAAGUCCGUCGUUCCUCCCAAAGAUCCUCACUGGCGGACUUGGCAGCUCCUCUGGGCACUAAGAUGCCCACCAGAGGCAAGGCGCCUCCAGAUGUGGCCUCAGUGGCUCUCACUACGCUGUCACCUCCUUCGGUACCCGCAGAGCCCUAAUGUGCCCUCGAUCUCCCGUGUGGCACCCCUCCUGACUCCACCAAAGCCCCUCCAGACCCCUGUGCUCUUUCACCCGCGCCACUUCAUUCCGUUUCUUCUCCAUGGAGCCAGCCCUCUGAUGCCUAGGAGUGCAGCUGUGGCACUUCGCCAUCCUCCAUCCAUCCAUGAACUACCAGAUACUCAGGAUCAUAAGUGGUGGCCCUGGCUGCGGGCACCAGAGCAUCACUGUGUCCUUUUGUGGACUGGCACCAACUAAACCCUCCUGUCUGGGCUUUGUAUGUGGUACAAUGACCUGGCGCCACCUAAAGGCCUCCUGUGAGCGUGCAAGUGUGUAUGCAUUUAGUUAUGUGCUGGUGCCCCGUAAAAGGCCUGGUGUACGUAAGUGACAGUGGCAUUAAGUGUCUUCUUGUGAUGUAAAGGCCCCCGUGCUUUGUGAUGGUCGUACACUGGUGCCACCUACAGGCCAGGUGUGAGAUUGUAUGAGGGAAUCCCACCCUAAAAUGAUGGGGUGUGUGUGUGUGUGUCCUGCCUGCUAUGGGCCUUUUAGGAGGAAAUGUAGGAGAGGGCACACCCUGCAGGGCUGGGGUGGGCAAGAAUGUGCCCUUUAAUAGACUGGUGCCCUCUAAAGGCGUGUGAGUGUGAAUGUGUCAGUCAUAUGCUGGUGGCCCAUUCUUGUCUGCUGUGUGAAUUUGUGUCCAUCUGUGGACUGGCACCUCCUAUGGACCAGUGAGUGUGCCCUACAGCUCUGCCACCCACUGCGGGCAUAGGAGGUGGCAGUGUGAAAGCCAUUGGGAAUUGCUGACAUUGAGAACUCAAUUGUAUUUGUAGCGUAUCUCUAGAGAACUGUCAUGCCACUUCCUAACCUGCUCAAACCAGACCUUGGGCACGGAGGUUAGCAACAGACCCUGGACAGGGUGCCAGUCCACUUCAGGGCAAACACACACAAGCCAAUUCAGCGUUCACCUAACCUGCAUGUCU